AUGGCACUUUCUCCAGACCAUGAGAUCCUCCGACUGAAACAGAACCUCACUACGAUCGAUAGAACCUACAAACCGCCGCCUCAAAUCCAGCUGAGCCGCGCUACUCGCGAUGUCGCCGCACGCCGCUACUACACCGACGUCAUCUUCAUGGUGCACGCCGGCGAAGGACGUGAAGACAUUUGGCUCGACUGGCUGAGCUCCCUUCCCCACGCCCACGUUCUCAUGAUGCGCACAUACUACAAGACCGCUCGCAAAAAUCCAAUCGAGCUGUGGCGUCGGGCUGUUUGCAUGGCCUAUUGGGACGCCGAGGCGAUGUGGACCCUUGCCACUGCAGUCGUUGGUGCGCCUGUGUUUCCUCGGUAUCUCUUUACGAAUGUCGAGUACAAGGAUGAGGAGGACGCUAUUGUGAAGGAGGUGUGGAGGGAUGGCGACUUCCUGGUGAACGAGUGGAUCGCGAAUGGCGCGCCUACCUUUACUAGGAUAAGAAUUGCCGAUCUCGGUCUGGGUGACAAGCGCAGGGCUGGUGACGAGGAUGAUGAUCUAGUCAGCGGACACGAGAAGGAUGAGAGCGAUGAGGAUGAGGUCGAUCCACCGGGCAAGACACGCUCCGCGUCUAAGAACCCCUUUGAUGUGCUUGCUGAUUGA